AUGAGGACAACUAAUGACACAACUAUUUCAUCUCAAAUUGAUGAAGGUUGUUCAUUGGACGACGAUGAAGACAGCAGUAUUCUCAGCAACUUGCCGAACUCGUGUCAUGACUUUGAACUCAAGGAGUUGCAUAUUCGUCUGGAGCGAAAUCACUCGAGUCCGUUGAUUGGAGGACACAGUUCGCCAGCGUUGUCAAGCCGUCUGUCAAGCAAUUGCCCUUCGGCUGAACCGCCCACUGAUCCUGCUGAACCAGAAGAUUUGGAGGUUCAAUUCAUCAACGAGUGCUUUGAAGAACAGCAACGACAGUCACAGAUGUACCAGAGCGGCGACUUGAAAACUCUCUUUUAUCAUGGAAGCUCAGAGCUCGAUUCAUCCAAGGUAACAAAUCGAUCAGGUACUGAUAAAAGCGGCCAGUCAUCACUGGAACGUCCUGAACGCUUGCCGUACGCGAAAAAGCUGAGUUCCCACGAUCCGUUGAGCAGCCUCACCCACUACGACAGUCAUCCUAUCACGUCGCCCACGUUUUUGAACCUCAGUGACAACUUUGAACCAUUGCUUACCCCAAAGUCAGAGGCCUUGAUUCAGAAGCGUGUUUGGAGGGACCAAAAGGCUUCUCCGAGUCGCCGAAGAGUGUCGGAACCGCUGGCACAAAAACCUUUGCUGUUCUGGGGCUCAGGUAAUCAGUGUUCCUCGUAUGGCAGUGCUUAUUUGUGA